AUGUCCUCGUCACAGGAGCGACAGGCUUCAUCGGCGCUCAUAUCGUCGAUGAACUGCUUCGCCGAGGAAUACGAGUUCGCGGCGCUAGACUUCGAACAACUGAACGAUACCCCUGAUUUAGGCAUAUUUGACGAGGCAGUCAAAGGGCCCCUCAACUACGCCGCAACAAACAACGAACGUGAACUCAUCCUCCCCGCUAUAAACAGCGUCCGCGCCUUGCUCUCAGCCGCAGCCGAAGCCUCUCCACCCAUUCGGCGUAUCGUCAUCACUUCUUCCUUCGCUUCCAUCCUCGACUCCAACCGCCACGCCCCCAGCACACCAUACUUCACCUACACUGCAGCGGACUGGAAUCCCUUAACCUACGAAGAAGCUGCAGACCCCUCAACUAGUCCCGUCAUCGCCUAUCGAGGGAGCAAGAAGUUUGCCGAACUCGCAGCAUGGGACGUUGUCCGUGAGCGGAAGCCUGCGUUUGAUGUUGUGACUAUCUGUCCGCCCAUGACGUUUGGACCGGUCGUAAACCCGGUGUCAAAGGCUGUAGAGCUGAAUGAGACGAACGCGACGCUCUGGAAGGCUGUUGAGAGUGCUCUUGAGGGGAAGCCGCUGCCAGUUGCGAGGGUGCCCUUCUGGGUGGAUGUCAGGGAUGUGGCCAAGGCGCAUGUUGAGGCGUUGUUGAGACCGGAGGCUGGGGGGAAGAGGUUCCUUGUUGCUGCGCCGGAGAGGUUCUCGUAUGGGUUGGCGGUUAAGAUCGUGAAAGGGGAGUUUGAAUGGGCCGAAGGGGCUCAAGAGGGAGACCAGGAGAUUGAUGAGUCUUACGGGCUGGAUGGGGAGACAGCGGCUAAAGAGCUUGGGUUGACGUACAGAAGCCUCAAGGAGACGGUAACGGAGCUUGUUGGACAGGUUGCCCGAAUGGAGGGUAGAGCCUGA